GUAUACCGAACCCGAGUUGAGAAUGUAAGUAGAUCAGACCGGUUGAUGAAAGUAGAAGAUGCAAGCACAUGCGUUUAUGUCUGGUAUGCAGUAUGACAAGUAGUAAUUCUGCAAAUUUGUCGAUUUCAUCUAAGACACUAUAAUGAGUCGUUCGUGACCUUUAACAGUGUUAAAUGGUUUAUCACUAACUGAUUUGCUCCAGAUCAAAGGAUGGAAUUUUGGGAGGAAAUUUGCAGACCUCACCUAAACACAUUACCCUGGUAUGGCCAGGAUUUUGGAUUCUGUUUUGAAGAGCUAGUGGUGAUUUUACCUCCUCACGUCAUUUUGUUAACUGUUAGUGUCUAUCAUAUAGCGAUUGCCAGAGGAGCAAGCAUCGACAGCCAUGUAUACCCAUUUCCUGCAGCACUGAAGCUGAGAUUUUUAUGUUCGUUAUUAUUAAUGUUAUCGGCCAUUGCUGCUCCAACAUUGACGAGAGUAUUGACUGGAAAUUUACUCAGUGCUGUAGACAUUGUUAUCUCAGGUGCUGUUUCCAUUUGUUGGUUUAUCCAUUCGUUUUAUGUGUGGAAUCUGAAAUAUUUUAUAUGGAGAACAUAUAGAGGCCCUUUAAUUAAUAUUUUGACCUAUACUUUAACAUUCAUAUCUGCUGGUUUUUUGUUACAUACUGCCAUUUUAUCAUGGAUCCAUAGACCUGUACUAUUUAAUCCCUACUUUUGUGUAUGUGUAUUUGUGUAUUUUGGUUUACACUGUGUGUAUUUAUUAUCACUGCUGCCUAAUUCUCAAGAUGGAAUCAAAGUGCAAUUGCAUAGUCAUAACUUAAACAUUAAUACAUUAGAAGAGGAAUCUGAAGAAUCAUUAUUAGGAAGCUCAAGGACAAAUUAUGGUGCCAUUACACGUGAUCAUAGUCUGUUAGUUGGAGAAGAUAACAAAUCAUGGAUUUCUAGAAUAACCUUCAACUGGGUAAAUCCAUUGAUGGUGAAAGGAUCAAAACAUGACAUAUAUACAGCUGAUGAUCUCUUUAAGUUACCGCACAGAUUAAAUACUAAUGAUAUUGAGAAAAAAAUUAGUUUGAAGUUAGAUGCCACAUCUAAUUCUAUAAACCAAGAAGAGAAGGAGAGAAAUAUUAAUGGAAAUCUUUUAGGAAAUGAUUCUGGAAUUCCUGACGUAAAAAUUAAGUCUAAAUCGGCAGAAAGAACGUUAUUAAAAGCCCUUAACAGUAUAUUUGGAUGGGAAUACUACUCUUUAGGACUUCUGAAACUGACCGCUGAUCUUGCUGGAUUUGCUGGUCCUAUCUUGCUCAAUCUCCUUGUGUCAUUUGUAGAAAACAAAAAUGAGCCCGAAUUGCAUGGUGUUUAUUAUGCAUUGGGACUCCUGCUUUCAACAUUUAUUGGGUCUAUCUGUUCAACGCAGUUUGAUUACAACAUGCAAGUAGUUGGACUCAAAAUCAGAUGCUCAAUAAUCACAACAGUGUACAAUAAAGCUCUCCGAGUCAGCAGUGUGUCAUCAUCAAAAUUCAGUACAGGGGAGAUAGUCAACUUCAUGAGUACAGACACUGACCGGGUUGUGAAUUUCUGUCCCAGUUUCCAUGCAUUUUGGAGCCUCCCAUUCCAAGUGGGAGUAUCCCUGUAUUUGUUACACAUGCAGGUCGGUUUGGCAUUUCUAGCUGGCUUAGGAUUUGCCAUUCUCCUAAUUCCUAUCAAUAAAUGGCUGGCCAGCAAAAUUGGACAACUUAGUACAGAGAUGAUGCUCCAAAAGGACUCAAGAGUUAAGCUAAUGACAGAAAUUCUAAGAGGAAUUCGUGUAGUCAAACUUUAUGCAUGGGAGGAUACAUUUCAAACUAAAAUUGAGAAGCUUCGUAGUGCUGAGCUGAAGAGUUUAAAGGGAAGGAAGUAUCUGGAUGCAAUGUGCGUUUAUUUCUGGGCCACGACACCAGUCCUUAUUUCAAUUCUGACCUUCACUACCUACUCACUUCUGGGAAACACACUGACUGCUGCCAAGGUGUUCACCAGUCUGUCCCUGUUCCUGAUGUUGAUCAGCCCCCUCAAUGCCUUCCCCUGGGUCCUGAACGGGCUGAUGGAGGCCUGGGUCUCCCUCAAGAGACUCCAGUCCUUUGUGUCCCUCUCAGAGGUUGAUCUCAGUUUAUACUACUCUCAAGAUGAUAAUUAUCGUGGUAAAAAAGUACUGUGCAUCAGAAAUGGAACUUUUUCAUGGGAGGAAGAACCGAACACAAUGCAGUCAGUCAAUAGCAUAGAAAGCCGGAAUGAUAACCAAGAUGAAGAUUCUAAAGGAGCUCUGCUUUUGAAAAAUAUUAAUCUUCAGGUUGAAAAGGGUCAGUUUAUUGGAGUAGUAGGAAAGGUUGGGUCUGGGAAAAGCUCCUUGCUAAACGCCAUCCUUGCAGAAAUGCAGCGAAUAGGAGGUCAGAUCUGGAUCCAGAAUCUGGAGGAGGGCUUUGCCCUGGUCAGCCAGGAGUCCUGGAUACAGCAGUGUACCAUCAGGGACAACAUUCUGUUUGGGAAGCCAUGUGAUUACAGGAGGUAUGAAAAGGUACUGGAGGCUUCAACGCUCGCUGACGAUCUAAAGGUCUUUUCUGCUGGAGAUAAAACAAUGGUUGGUGAGAAUGGUGUGACCUUAAGUGGUGGACAAAAAGCCAGAGUGGCCUUAGCAAGGGCAUUGUACCAGGAUAAAGAUGUAUAUUUACUGGACGACCCCCUUGCAGCCGUAGAUGCUUAUGUUGCUCAACAGUUGUAUGACAAAUGCAUCAUGGGUAUGCUCCGAAGGAAGACCAGAAUCCUUUGCACUCAUCAUAUCAAAUUCUUGGCUGCAGCUGAUGUCGUUGUUGUAAUGGAGGAUGGUAGAAUUUCCAUGAUUGGAAGUCCUUCUGAUGUACUGGAUGAAGACUUUCUGACAGAAAACAAAGUGACUGAUCAGGUUACAGAGGAACGUGUGGGAGCUAGCGAUGUGACAGAAGAGGAAAUGGAAGAUGAGCAAGUGGAGGAAGAAGGCAUGGAGAAAGGAGUUCUCAGUCUGUCGGUCUACAAAGCGUACUGGUCAGCCGUAGGAGUGUGUCUGGCACCCAGCAUACUGACUGCUCUGUUUCUCAUGCAAGCAUCCAGAAAUGUGAAUGAUUGGUGGUUGUCUUACUGGGUGUCUCACUCUCAUGGAGCCAGUAACAGCAGUGCCAAUCACACAGGAAACACUACGGACUCUGAUGACAUCCAGUUCUACCUGACAGUGUAUGGGGCUCUGGCGGGUGCUAACUCUCUCUUUACGCUGAUGAGAGCUUUCCUAUUUGCUUAUGGAGGUAUCUGUGCUGCACAGUAUCUCCAUACAAAACUUCUAUCUGUGAUAUUAAAGGCUCCAGUAUCUUUUUUCGACACUAAUCCAAUGGGCAGAAUCAUCAACAGGUUUUCUUCAGACCUCUAUACAAUUGACGAUUCCUUGCCAUUCAUAUUAAACAUAUUCUUGGCGCAGCUGUUUGGAAUUCUGGGUACAAUUGUUGUCAUCUGUUAUGGAUUACCAUGGUUCACUCUUCUUCUCCUGCCUCUGGGAGUUGUAUAUUAUAAAAUUCAGCAUUACUACCGACACACCUCCAGGGAAGUGAAGAGGAUUUCCAGUGUUUCUCUGUCCCCGGUGUAUGCACAUUUCUCAGAGACUGUUACUGGACUGACCACUAUCAGAGCAUUCAGAGAGAAUGACAGGUUUAGGAAAGAGAAUCUGGAAAAGUUGGAUUUGAACCUGAGAGCACAGUACAGUGGGCAAGCGGUGGCAAGCUGGUUAGGCUUCCGACUUCAGAUGAUGGGUGUUGUCAUGGUGACAGGAAUUGCAUUUAUUUCUGUUCUUCAGCACCAGUUUCAGGCUGUUAAUGCAGGUCUGGUUGGUUUGGCGCUGUCCUAUGCAUUGUCAGUGACCAAUCUACUUAGUGGAGUUGUGAGUUCAUUCACGGAGACUGAGAAACAGCUGGUCAGUGUAGAGAGGGCCCAGCAGUACCUCAACAUUCCGUCGGAAAACCUGCAGGGCUCACUCCUGGUUUCACCAUUUUGGCCAACCAUUGGUGUAGUUUCCUUUAGAAAUGUGUACCUGAGAUACAGGAGGGACCUAUCAGAUGCCCUGUGUGGGGUUACAUUCUGCACCCAGCCCAGGGAGAAAGUGGGCAUUGUGGGCAGGACUGGGUCGGGCAAGUCCAGUCUUUUCCUGGCUCUGUUCCGUAUUGUAGAGAUACACCAGGGGGAUAUCAAAGUGGAUGGAAACUGCAUCAAGUAUCUUGACCUUAAGGAUAUAAGGAGUCGCUUUGCUGUCAUUCCACAAGACCCCUUCCUCUUCAGUGGGUCAGUGAGAGAAAACUUGGACCCUGCCAGUGUUUAUGGAGAUGAGGAAAUCUGGAACUCUCUAGGUAGAUGUCAUCUUGUGUCAGCUGUGGAGAAACUGGGCGGACUGGAGGCUGACGUGGGGGAGAGGGGCAAAAUGUUUUCUGUGGGACAGAAACAGCUGAUGUGUUUGGCAAGGGCCAUAUUAACAAAAACGAAGAUACUCUGUAUUGAUGAAGCUACAGCAAGUGUUGAUAUGAAAACAGAUGCCUUGAUUCAGGAUACAAUACGAGAGGAAUUCAAGGACAGCACUGUGCUUACGAUAGCACAUCGUCUGGACACCAUCAUGGACAGUGAUCGCGUGCUGGUCAUGAAGGAGGGAAAAGUGGCCGAGUUCAACUCCCCAUCAGUGCUGCUAAAGGAUUCACACUCUCUCUUCUCUAAACUGGUGUCUGGUAAAAAUUGAAGACUGUGAUCAAAUACAGAAGGUCUUGUCUUUAAGUCAUUAUGUCUCAAUAUAUCUGGUUUUAACUUUUUUUCACAUACCUAAGUUUCUUUUAUUAAUUGGUCAUGUGAUUAAAUACACAAGGCUUUGUUUUAAAGUCACUAUGUAUGAAUUUAUCCGGUUUGGACUUUAUUUUUUUGCACAUACCGAUGUUUCAAUUAUCAAUGGAUCAUGCAAUUAAAUACAGAUGGAUUUGGUAUUAAUUAAGUCUGCCUGUCUGAAUUUAUCUGGUUUGAACUUAUUCUUUUUGCAUACUGGUGUCAAAUUGUUAAAUUCAUCAUUUGAUAUUUCUUUUAAAGUAUUUUUACAUCACUAUUUGCAUAUUAUAAAUGAAGAAGCAAGAGGUAUAUGUAAUUUCUGUACUUUUCUUCCACCUUUCCAUGCACGAUUUUUAUACAAUGUACAUAUAUACAACUUUAUUCUGGGCAUGCAAGAUACACGUACCUGAGAGGUCACUUUAUUGACCCCUUGCAACUGAGUCGUUUUCAUGUAUCUUAAAGAAAAGGGUGCAUGCAUAAAUUUAAAGAAGUAAUAAGGUCCCAUGCAGUGUAAUACCUAGCUGUGUGCAAUAUGAUUGAAAUUUCUUUCAUUCUGUUCAUCCUUUCAGACUUUUAGACACCCACGUUCUCUGGAUGAGGUUGCUCUGCUUUGUAGUGUCCUCAACUCCUCCUUAUUAUCAGCGUUUACAUCAAUAUCUAUACUUACCUGCAUCAACUUUUUGCACUAAAGCAUAGAUUGCUUACCGCUGGUUGGAGCAAUCAAUCAGCAAAUUUUGAUACGGUACUUGUUUUUUGCUGCGAGUUAUUUCAUGCUAGACAUUGAUUUCAAAAUCAGAUGUAAAUGCUAGUUCUUGUAAAUGUAUUCUUACCUAUCUAUUCAGGUGGAAACUAGUCAUUACCACUGGAGUAUAAAAUAUGUGGUACUAGUAUUUUACACAUUUUGUUUACGUUGUACAGUGUCAAUUAAAAGAAUGGAACAAAUUUGUCCUUAUACAUGGGGCAAUGAACAUCAGCCAUUUUGUAUCCUUAGCUUCAUUACUUUCAAGGAAUGGAGUGGUUUUAAGGCAAUACUGGGUUCACAUGUGAUAUCCAUGUUCUAAUUCAAGAUGUGCAUUUGUUUCAUUUGAAACACAUUAUUCUUUCAUUGUUUUAAGGCAGUGAUGUCAGGAGAUAUAAAUGUGGAAACAGCUUGGAGUUAAUUACAGUACACUUUAACCCUAGCUGUUAUGAUGUACAACUGUGAUAUUUUCAAUUAAUCAUGAUCAAUCUGUAUAGAGUGUGGUGGGACAUAUUCAGAGAACUCAGUAUUCCUAUUUUUUUAUUUCUUUUAUUACCAGUUACUAGUUUUGUUUUAAUACAAUGCCUUUGUGAUAUUUUCAUUUGUUUUCUGUCAAUUUAUAGCAUCCAGUUUUUACUGUGUGCUGUUGUGUAUGUUAUAUAUACACUAUAUAUACAUUGUAUGGAUACUUAUUUAAAUGGGUAUAAAAUGAAUGUAAAGGUUUGUAUACUUUUUUUAAGUUGUCCAUAGAGUUUCCUUAGUAUGUUUGCUAAAUAUUAGCUUAUUUUUGCAAAGAAACGCGUGUUUCAAACAAAUGUGAACGUAUUGUCAUGAAGCUUUUACAUAGGUAUUGUUAGUUUCAAAAACACUUUGUCUAUCUCUUGUUUAAAGACGUGGGUAUAGCGCUUUGUUUCUUCCUUCUAAAUGAAGGGAUUCUGUAGGGUUCGAAACACUUCAAAAUAUAACUGUGUUUUAGACAUAUACAUUGUAUAAACUUUAAAAAAAAUCA